CUGGUCUAACAGUAAGAUGGGACUUUGGGCUUCGUCAUAAUUCUUAUGCCCAUGAGUGUUUAGUUAACUAUAAAUUUAAAUGGAUUCGACAGAAGCAUAACCUCAACAUGUAUUUGACAGGUCGGAUCGCAAAACUUAAUAACGUGAAGCAAGUUCUGAAAUGUCAGUCUAAUUGUUAAUUACCUCAUGAAUUCUUCAAUGAAAUGGUUAAUAUAAAGAGGUUCUCUUUCAAGAAAUAUGUCGUCGCCGCUUUGCUUGCUCUACUGGGAAUAUUUAUCUUUUGUGAAUAUGUAAUUUAUUAUGUGGUGCUCAUUCAGUGCGACUGGCCAAGCUUGGACCCAAAGAAAGCAGAUCCAACCAUUCCAUUACUUAAAAAUGAGGAAAGACCCGUUAAAGUGAUGUUUCUGGCUGAUACCCAUUUAAUGGGUUCACGCAAUGGGCAUUGGUUUGAUAAGUUAAAAAGGGAGUGGCAGAUGUACAGAACAUUCCAAACUGCAAUGACAUUACAAAGGCCAGAUGUAGUCUUUAUAUUAGGUGAUAUAUUUGAUGAGGGCCUGUGGUGCAGCUCAUCCGAAUUCGAACGAUAUAUCCAGCGCUUUGAGUCUCUCUUCUCAGUGCCGAAAAAUACACAUCUCUAUGUUGUAGCUGGAAAUCAUGAUAUGGGUUUUCAUUAUGUAAUUACUCCAUACCUAAAUCAGAGAUUCAUAAAUGGUAUGAAGGCACCGAGUGUGCGGAGAAUUAGUAUUAGAGGCAAUCACUUUGUACUCAUUAAUAGUAUGGCUUUAGAAGGUGAUGGAUGUUUCCUUUGUCGGCCAACUGAAGUAGCUGUGAAUAAUAUUGCUAAACAUCUUAAGUGUGCCAAAGGUGUAGGCAACGACUGCAGCAAAAGCAGCACAAUUAAGCGAUACAGUAGACCAAUUUUACUUCAGCAUUAUCCAAUGUAUCGAGAGUCUGAUGAAAUUUGCAAUGAAUUGGACCAGGCACCAGAAGAACUGAAGGAGAUUAAGUUUCGAGAACGAUGGGAGUGCCUAUCAAAGGAAGCUUCUGAACAACUCUUAGAUAUUCUCAAACCAAGACUGAUUGUCGAUGGUCAUACUCAUCAUGGAUGUCGACGAAUACUUAGAGAUGAUGUACUGGAAGUGACGGUCUCCUCGUUUAGCUGGCGCAAUAAGAACAAUCCAUCUUUUUUACUUGGUGUCUUUAUGCCAAAUAAUUAUGCCUUGUCGAAGUGCUACAUGCCUGUGGAAACAACAGUGAUCAACAUCUACAUAUUCAGUAUUAUUUUCAUUAUUCUUUUCGUAAUAGUGAAAUUGAGACAACCAAGUAAUCGAUACAACAUUUUGAAACUUCAUUAAUUCAAAUAACAAUUACUUUCUAUCCAUUCAAGUGAAUUAAUCAUGAAUUAAUUAAAACAUCUUUAUAUCAUCCGUAUUCAUAGGAGGAAAAAAUGCGCACAGAAAUCAAAAUUAAAACAGUUUAGAUGAAACUAGAGUUCAACUUUAUGAACGCGUUACCAUAUGUAAACAUAUUAUUGUCUAUAUUGUUUAUAAAUAUUAAAUACGUGUUUUAUGAAAAGGGUAUGUAUACAUUGUAUAUAGUGCAUGCUAUGUUAACAACUUUGUCAUUCUGCUUAAUUAAGUAUUGCUUAUUGAAAUUAGAAUUAAAAUACAAACAUUUAAUAAGAGUAAAUGGAAAAUUAUUAAACGCGGCUGUCAUUGAGACAUAGUGUAGUUGAAAUAAAUGUGUCAAAUAUUUAAAAA